ACUGUGCACCGUAAUACUAGCUAACGUCCUCCGGCGUACCGUGAACGGACUUUAUGGAUGUAUAAACGAAUAUCUGAAGAGCGGAUAAAGGAGAGCGCUCCGGGGAUUUAAAGAUAAAGGAGAGGACUUGUAUACAGAUUGAAUUUGAACACUUUCCCCCUCAACGCGGGGAACUGGAUUAAGCUUCUUCAUGCAACUUUUUUGGAAAGAAACCAAGAGCAUCUCACCGGGGAAUAACAAGAAGAUCAGCAACGUAUCUCUCCUUUAGUAAUCUUCUUGUGUGCCGCUGCCCUGCCGCUGCAGGUGACAUCGCGCUCUCUCCGGUAACUGCAGGUGUCGCGUUCUCUCUCGGUCCCUGCGGGGAGAUGUACCAAGGGUUCCCCGGCGACCCCGACAGCGGAUCCCGUGGAAGCUCGUCUCCAUCCAUAGAGUCCCAGUGCCUUUCCUCCGUGGACUCCUUCGGGAGCCCGCCGACCACUAGUGCUCCGCAAGAGUGUGCGUCAGCAGGAGCUGGCUUGAGCAUUGUGGGCAGCGGGCUAGGAGCCAGUGUUGGAGGGGAGAUGCCUGGUUCGUUUGUGCCCACCGUCACUGCCAUCACCACCAGUCAGGACCUGCAGUGGAUGGUGCAGCCGACACUCAUCUCUUCCCAGGCCUCUGGACAGAGUGGGUCCACUGGCACCACAACCAUGACCCAGCCAUUGGUUGAUCCAUAUGACAUGCCAGGCCCUAGUUAUUCUUCAAGAUCUGGAUUCACUCCUCCAAGUUCAGAUACUCCAGGCCCAGCACCGGGCCCCAUUCGCCAGUCCAGAACCCGCAGCCGCCGUACACGAGACGAGUCUGUGAGUGAAGAUGGAGAUGUUGGUGUGUUACUAACACCUGAAGAGGAAGAGAAGAGACGUGUUCGUCGAGAGAGAAACAAACUGGCUGCCGCCAAAUGCAGAAACCGCCGGCGAGAACUCACAGACAGACUGCAGUCGGAGACAGACAUUCUGGAGGAGGAGAAGGCAGAGCUGGAGGCUGAGAUCUCGGAGCUGCAGAAGGAGAAGGAGCGCCUGGAGUUUGUCCUGGUGGCCCACCAGCCUAACUGUAAGAUCCCAUACCAGGACCAACCUCAGCAGGGCUCAGCGCAGCUCCCUCCAGUCCAGUCCCAGCUCCCUCCCCAGGCCCUACAACCUCCUGUCUCCAUUGUGGGCUUGACUGUGAAGGAAGACUCUUUCUAUCUGCCUCCUGCCUACACAGCCCAUCCGGCCUCCACACAGUCCCAGCCUCCGGUUCAGCAGCAGCAAGUCCAGCAGCAGCCUCAGCCAGGGAUAAUGCAGGAGGUAGAGUUUUCUAGUUCUUUCUAUGGCUCAACUGAGCCAGCACCUGGCGGGCCGUGCCUUAUGGCCAGCGACAGUGGUGGUGGUGGUGGUAACCAUGACGAUGCGGCCAUUGGCAGCUACAACACCUCAUACACAUCUUCAUUUGUGUUCACCUACCCAGAGGGAGCCUGCGGGGUCAGUGCCAACCAGCGGAACAGCAGUAGCGAGCAGUCAUCUGAUUCCCUGAACUCGCCUUCUCUGCUGGCUCUCUGACUGACCGACAGAAACAUGCGCACACAUAUCAACACGCACAUACAUUAUGCUGGCUGGAAGUAGAGGCUGAGGCAAGUACAUGCACAGUGCCAAUCAGUCUCACAGAUUGAGGAAAAAAAAAAACCAACCAAUCAUUUGUAUCUGAUUGGGUUAAAGUUUACACAUUUUGAAAUGCAUUCCAAUUACGAGCCAUACAAACCCUUAAUAUUGAGCUUAAACAAAGAGUAAAUUAUUGUUUUGUAUUUUCAGAAUACCUGCAACUGGACCAGAUAAGUGAAUAAAAACUGAGUGACUAAAGCAAGUCCAAGUUGCCAAUUUUAAGUGCUCUGAAUUAAUAGAUUGAUUCACAGUGAAUAUUCUCAAUCUUCUGCAUGUACAGUACAUUGAGUAAGAUACCAUAAGCUCACUUUACACUCCAACAAGCACCAGUGCCCCCACCUUGUUCCCUCUGUCGGUCGCCCCCUUUUCCAGUGCUCUUGCUCUCAUCCUCUUCCAUCCCUUUCUCCCUUCUUCCUGUUGCUGAAUGUAUUUGUGCAAAUCUAAAAUAGGGACGAAGGACACUUUGUUCAGGGUCUUUUCUUGUGGGAGACAGACUGCUGAUCUCUCGCUCACCUCUAACCCUUCAUCUGCUCGACUUCCCUCUGCUUCUUCAUUUGCUGCUUGGACUUGACAAGUUGGGGAUCUGAGUAUCACAGCCUCCACUAAAUCUUGUGCUUUCUUUUCUCGUUUAAAAAAAAAUCCUCUGCCGUCUGCCUACCUGCCAUGCGACCCAUCUCUACCCAUCUCUUUUUCUCCUCUUCUGUCUCUGUGUUUCUCCCUCUCUCUGAAGUCUUCGACCCCCGAGAGCCCGAAGACCCCCUCCAGCCCUUGGGACCUUGAGUGAAUGCCAGCCCAACUAACACGCCCUUUUGCACCCUCUCUUACAAGGACAUGGACGCAACCCCCCCCCCCCCCAAUACAGAAGAACCUUUAUCUUGGAGCGCUUUGCUCAAAGAGGAUCCUUACAGUGAACAGCAGCUAAAUACUUUUAACACACGCACAUAGACGCAAAAUUGAUGAACCCAAAAAUGCAAGACGGAUGCCACUGUCUUCUGCUGAGCCAUUUGUAGAUGUGCACGCGAUGAAGAUUAGACACAUCAUAUGUUGUGAGGCGGGUUAAAGGUGAGGAUGGAGAGAGAUUUUAGCUGGAAGGGAGGAAAGAAGUGCAAGCGAGCUGGUCAGACUCAAAUGGAGAGUGUGAUGGAUAGAGGACGACUCCCAUCCUAACCAUCGAUUUUUGGAACCAAAUGUUGAAAACAAAGAAAGAGCCAAAUGUUAAAAAACAAAGCAAAAAAAGAAAGAAAGAAAAUCCUGCUCUUGCCAACUGUGUGGAAGGGUGACCUCAGUAAAAACACCUCCAUACCGCAGAGCCUCAUCACCCUAGGCCUACAUGCACAUAUUCUCACCAUCGCUUUCAAGUCUCUGAACUGAAGAUACAGACGUUUUGUUGCAUCGCACCAGCUCCGUGUUUUGCUCAGAAUCAAUCAGAUGUGAACCGAUGCCUUUAUUUAGAGGAGGGACGUUUUUUUUUUUGUGAUUCAGACAACCUCUAAGCAUUGGGCUCAGUGGUCUCUGUACCUCCCCUGCUCCCUCAGUGGAGACGAGGUGGGGGUGCGUUUUAUUGUGAGUGCGUCCACUCUGAGGCACCUGGCCCAUUUAUUUCUUUCUUUAUUGAGGUUGAUGUGGCGAGUAAGCACAAAGCAAGACCUGGAAACAAAAGGGGAUAACACGUGGGCUGAUGUUGUGGAGUGAGCGUCCUUUCUUUGCCUGUGAAUUUGUACAAUUUGUUUUUUCCUGUAUGUUUGAGUGAGAAUUGUUAUAUAUUUUAAUGUUUAUGUUUGUUUGUGCGUUUGAUUGUUUUGCAAUGACCUCUGCUUUCUCUUGUACUGUUGCCAUUUCUUGUUUUGUUUUUGUUUUUUUACUUUGUGUUAUGUUUUUUUAAUAAGGAGAUUUCUUCUCACAUUUCUUCACUGUUACUGUUACUAUUAUUAUUGCAUUGUAACUAUUGUUUCAUUAUUUUAUUGUAUUUUCAUUUGGCAACUUCAGAGGCAUGUUGUGCACUACAAAAAAAAAAAUCUAAUUAUAAGUCUAUAUGCAUAUACAUAUAUACAGGUAACAUGUAUAUAUAAGUGUAUGUACCAUGAUUGUAAAGUAUGAAUGUCUGCAAAUUUAAAUGGGAUAUUUUUGUCAAUGAAGAACAAGAUAAAAUGUUACUGAGGUUUAGUUUUAAAAUGAAUAUUUUUCUAAAGGAACUAAAAAAACAAAAAACGAUAUAAAUUUAAAGUACUGCCCUGUCCCUCAACAUGAAGCACGAUGUCACUGCCUCUGUUAAUGUGUAUUUAUGUUUUAUAAACAAUAUAAAGCACUAUCCAGUUACAUUAAAUGUAUGUUUAUAAUUAUGAUGUUAAAAGGUUGUGGUAACGCCUUUGUUUUGUUUGUUUGUUUUUCUCUGUGAGGUCUGUCCCAAAGCUACUGACACCUUAAUGCCACUUAAUCCUUAGCAGAUGCAAAAUGAGGAAAAGAAAAAAAAAGUGUGAUUGAAUGUUAAUACACGUAUUAAAAGUGUUUAGACUAUAACAUGAUGAAUAAACUGUUUCAUUUAAGGACAAAGUAUUUCAUACGCAGUAUGCAUUUCUGUCCAGUAUAAACAUAUCACUCGAUAACAUUGUUAUUUCCAAACUGAAAUGUGUGUUUUGAAGGAUAACUGCAGCUUUAGCCUUGAUAUGAACAUUAUCAUGUUAAAGUUUCUCCAUUCUUGUACUCAAACUCAAAUAUGUUGUCUAAUUGAGUUUAAAAAAAAAUAUAUCGUGAUUGUAUUUGCUGGAUAAGAAGCUUUAUUUUCCAUAAAUAAACAUGUUUACUCAAAGCAAUGGCUAGAUUAAUGGUAUAAAUCUUUGUUCAAACGUGGCUCUUGGUGGUCGGAAAAUGGGCAGACCUCAUUUUUUUAAUGUUGAAUAAGGACUGUAUUUGUACAGAUGUUGGAGAUGCCUUUUGAUUUCUCUCCAAAUGCAAAUGUGAUGAGAAUAUGUUCUGGUGUGAGAAUAAGCAUAAAACAUAUUCAAUAGUUCUCAUGUACAUAGGUUUUUGUGGUGCUACUCAUAGUAUACUAUAAUGACGAGGCAGUUUCACAAUGUAUGGUGGAAGGUUAUGCAGAGGCUGUUGGAGAGGCUCCAGACAAAUGAACAUGUUGUUUGUCUCAUUAGAACAUUUUAUUCUGAAAGGAAGCCAAUAACACAGUGAAUUUCCCACAGCUCUGAGAGCCCAGUAAUUACUCUGUGAUUUCAUCAUAGCUCAAUAUCAAAUGCCUGCUAUGUCUUUAAGUGUGAUAAACAGAUCUCAGAGGGCCCUUGUACUGUACCUGCACUUCCACACUUAUGCCCCUUAUCACCGCAUUAGACGCAUUCUUUCAUCUAAUUCCUUUGCCUUGGAUUUUUCUGAAAUUGCUUUAAAUUUUUUUUUCUUUUUUUUCUGUAAGGUUACAAUCACAACUGAGUGGCUAAUGAAUUGGAAAAGGUGACAGAGAUUGAAAAGGAGAAAUAUUUAGCUCACAGUUAUAAGACAGAGAAACUGCCUGCACCUACCUGUACUGUACAAUGGCUACAUUAGCGUUAACUGAACAAGAGCUUUCCUAUUUUUCUAUGAUGAGGUGAAUGUUGCUAUGUAUUUCUAUUUUUCCACAAGUCCCAUAUAUGGUCUGAUUUCAUAUUUCACCUGGUAUGACAUGCAAUACUUAUUAUCCUCUUGGAUAAACAUAAUGUAGCAAAUCAUGCAGUGCUCAAACUGACUGCUACUAUAUGUCAAGUGUGAUGAUGUAUUGCUUUAAUUAUCAAUUUUUGUUACAAUAUUAAAAGUUUUCCUCAAUACUUAUUGCAACAUUUAGUUUUGAGACAAUCUCCAUGAAGAAACUGUGUUACAAUUUAUCCAAAAAAUACAUAUAUUUCUUUCAGUUAUCGACGACUAACAAGGUUCCUACAUUUCUAAAAGUCACUACGUUUAUUACAAAUGAUUCCUUUUAUCAAUGUUUCAUAAAUUGUUUUUGCAGCAGCAAUUUACAGCAUGUUGUAAUUUUGUCACAUUUGGAAACAGGGGACAUUUAAUAUAUUUUGAGGUUAGAGCAGUGAAAGAAACUUGUUCUAGAUGUGACAUUGUCAGACUUAGAUGACAGAAGUCAUCUAUAAUUACAUAACUAGCUCCUGAAGGUGUUCAGAGAUAUCAAAUCAUCUAUUUUUUCAUUGCAUAAAAUUUAACAUAACUUACUGGUUUUCUGCAAGUCACUAUAAAGUACUGUUUAAUUAUUUUUAUAAUUUCAUUUUUUUUUCCUUUGGUUUUACUCCUGAAGUGGACCAAAGUGUGUGACAUAUUUGCCAUGUCACUUUUGCAGUCCCUGCUCUCUGAUCUCCUGUGUCCAUAUUUCAGCUUCUGGCCCUUUUUGCUGUCCUAUAAAUGUUUACAUGAUAAAGUUGUUGGGUUUUUUUCUCAAUUUCUAGACUGCAAAAGCUGGGUGGGCUGUCUCCUUUAAAUAUGGUUUGACCAAAUGCUAUUCAUUUCCAGUUUGUGAAGAAAUUACAUAAAUAAACAACAUAUUAUGAGGUA